AUGGAGAACAACCAAUCCUGGAUUGCAGAAUUCAUCCUGGUGGGAUUUCAGCUCAGGGAAGAGAUGGAAUUGCUUCUCUUCGUUAUCUUCUUCCUACUAUAUAUCUUCAACCUGCUGGCAAAUGGCAUGAUCUUAGGGCUCAUUUGCCUCGACCCCAGACUGCACUCCCCCAUGUAUUACUUCCUUUUUCAUCUGGCCAUCACUGACAUAUCCUAUGCUUCCAGCAAUUUGCCAAAUAUGCUGGAAAACCUAGUGAAACACAAAAAAACGAUCCCUUUUGUCUCAUGCACUCUGCAGAUGCUUUUCUAUUUGGCUUUUGGUUCUGUAGAGUGCCUGAUUUUGGUGGUGAUGUCCUAUGACAGGUACACGGCGAUCUGCCAUCCCCUCCAGUACACUGUCAUCAUGAACUGGAGAGUAUGCACGGUCCUGGCUAUUGCUUCCUGGGCAUGUGGGUUUUUCCUGGCUCUAGUCCAAGUAAGUCUCUUCCUAAGGUUGCCCUUCUGUGGGCCACAGAAAGUGAACCACUUCUUCUGUGAAAUCCGAUCUGUCCUCAAAGUGACCUGUGGUGAAACCUGGAUCAAUGAAAUUUUCCUCUUUGCUGAUAGUGUGUUCAUAUUAGUUGGGCCCCUUUCCCUGGUGCUGGUCUCCUAUGUGCGCAUACUCUGGAGUGUCCUGAAGAUCCAGUCAAAGGAGGGCCGCAAGAAAGCCUUUUCCACCUGCUCUUCCCACCUCUGCGUGGUUGGGUUCUACUUUGGCAUAGUCAUGAUGGUUUACUUGGUCCCAGACAAUAAUCAACAAGAGGAACAGCAGAAAAUCCUUUUCCUGUUUUAUACCUUCUUCAACCCAUUGCUGAACCCCCUCGUCUACAGUCUAAGGAAUGCUCAAGUGAAGUCUGCCUUCCACAGAAUGUUGCAGAAAAAUUGGACACUCUGA